AUGGAGCUGGAGGUGCCGGACGAGACGGAAAGCGCCGAGGCGGGGGCCGUGACGACCGAGGCGGCCUGGGCUGCGGAGAGCGGGGCGGCGGCAGGUGUGGCCCAGAAGAAGGCGGUCCCUGCCGAGGCCCCUUUGAUGACUGGGCAGCCAGGCCCCGGCCACGGGAAGAAGUUGGGUCACCGGGGUGUGGAUGCCUCCGGUGAGACCACCUACAAAAAGACCACCUCAUCGACCCUGAAGGGCGCUAUCCAGCUUGGCAUUGGUUACACAGUGGGCAACCUGAGCUCCAAGCCAGAGCGUGAUGUGCUCAUGCAAGACUUUUACGUGGUGGAGAGCAUUUUCUUCCCCAGUGAAGGGAGCAACCUCACGCCUGCCCACCACUUCCAGGACUUCCGCUUCAAGACCUAUGCACCUGUCGCCUUUCGCUACUUCCGGGAACUCUUUGGUAUCCGGCCAGAUGAUUACUUGUAUUCUCUCUGCAAUGAGCCGCUCAUCGAGCUGUCCAACCCAGGUGCCAGUGGCUCGCUCUUCUAUGUCACCAGCGAUGAUGAGUUUAUCAUCAAAACCGUCAUGCACAAGGAGGCCGAAUUCCUACAGAAACUGCUGCCCGGCUACUACAUGAACCUGAACCAGAACCCACGGACACUGCUGCCCAAGUUCUAUGGGCUGUACUGCGUGCAGUCAGGAGGAAAGAACAUCCGUGUGGUGGUCAUGAACAAUGUGCUGCCCCGUGCUGUCAAGAUGCAUCUCAAGUUCGAUCUCAAGGGCUCCACGUACAAGCGGAGGGCUGGCAGGAAAGAGCGAGAGAAGAGUGUGCCCACUUAUAAGGACCUGGACUUUAUGCAGGACAUGCCCGAAGGGCUGCUGCUGGAUGCCGACACCUUCAGUGCCCUGGUCAAGACACUGCAGCGCGACUGCCUGGUGCUGGAGAGCUUCAAGAUCAUGGACUACAGUCUGCUGCUUGGAGUUCACAACAUCGACCAGCAAGAGCGAGAGCGCCAGGCUGAGGGCGCACAGAGCACGUCAGAUGAGAAGCGGCCUGUGGCCCAGAAAGCUCUAUACUCUACGGCUAUGGAGUCCAUCCAGGGUGGGGCCGCCCGUGGCGAGGCCAUCGAGUCAGAUGACACGAUGGGGGGGAUCCCCGCUGUGAAUGGGCGUGGAGAGCGGCUGCUGCUGCACAUCGGCAUCAUUGACAUCCUGCAGUCCUACAGGUUCAUCAAGAAGCUGGAGCACACGUGGAAGGCCCUCGUCCAUGACGGGGACACGGUUUCCGUCCACCGCCCUAGCUUCUAUGCUGAGCGUUUUUUCAAGUUCAUGAGCAGCACCGUCUUUCGGAAGAAUUCCUCCCUGAAGUCUUCACCUUCCAAGAAGGGGCGCAGCGCCCUGUUGGCUGUGAAACCCCUGGGACCCACGGCUGCCUUCUCAGCCAGCCAGAUCCCCAGUGAGCGGGAGGAGACACAGUAUGACCUGCGGGGUGCCCGCAGCUACCCCACACUGGAGGAUGAAGGCCGGCCUGACCUCCUGCCCUGUACGCCACCAUCCUUUGAAGAGGCUACCACGGCCUCCAUUGCCACCACCCUGUCCUCCACCUCCCUGUCCAUCCCUGAACGGUCCCCUUCGGAGACAUCUGAGCAGCCCCGGUACAGGGCAUCUCCCAUACCUGUUUGCCAUCCCCACAGGCGACGCACACAGUCCUCAGGACAGGAUGGCCGGGCCCAGGAGGAGACCCACGUGGAGGACCUGCAGCAGAUAACCGUGCAGGUGGAGCCUGCGUGCAGCGUGGUGAUCGUGGUCCCCAAGGAGGAUGACGCUGGUGUGGAGGCAUCCUCAGCCGGGGCAUCUGCCGCUGUGGCUGCCACCGUGGAAGGGGACACAGCCAGCCAAGCUUCAGAGCCUGCCAGCCAGGCCUCAGAUGAGGAAGACGCACCUGCCACGGACAUCUACUUUGCCUCUGCCUGUCUGCUCCUCGCUCCCUGCUCCUCUUCUGUGCCCCUCCUGCACGCGCCUGCACGCCCGCGCCCACCCGCAGCCCACGGACGAGAGGAGCUGGGUGUACUCCCCACUUCACUAUAGCGCGCAGGCGCAGCCCGCCUCCGACGGCGAGAGUGACACAUAACUUCUAUGCAGUCCCCAACCUGGAGCCCAGCAUCCCUCUGCCACCUGGCCACUUCCCGGAGGCGCUGCCUGCCCAGCUGAGGCCCAGAACUUGGGACACAUCGCCCAGCCGGCCACUCUGGCCCAACCUCGUCUUCGCCUUCCCCUUGAUGGAUGCUGAUGGCCAGGCCGUCCUCACUGACAGUUCCAGGCCACGUGCUGCUACAACUACCCCUGUCGUGGGUUGCGGCGAGAUCUUCUAAGCACCCAGUCGUGUAUUUAUUUUGGGUCCUUUUUGCACAAAGGAGGAGGUGCAUGUGCUUUUUUAGGAAAAAGAAAAACGAGGAGAAUCCGACCAGUGUACUUUGUGGCUCUCGGGUCUGCACGCAUCCUGCUGUGUUGGGGACCCAACCCUGGUGGCCCUGUAAAGCCCACACUCAAAGUCUCACCUGGCAGCCUGCUGAGGGGACAGAGCUGUCUUGGGUGUAGGUGUGUUCAGCAUACAGAGGCCAUCCCACCUCACCCAGAAGUGUAUCUCCCUCAUUGGCUCAGGUUUGGGCAGAGCAGGAGGUACAUCCACCAUGACAACUGCAAGUGGCUGUGUCCUGCUGCGCCCUGUGGCCUCCGCAUCAUUUCCCGCAAUCAGGAGGAAUAUCCCAAGUCCCAGGUGCCCCAUAAGCAGACUAUCCGGUGGUCACAAUCAGGUUCCUGCAUGGCCGGCACCUGUCCUGCAAUGCUCAGAGCUGUGAUGCCAGCAUGGACCAUGUGAUUUCCCAAGAGGACCCGUGGUGGCAGGGAUCUGUAUCUACUGGGGACACUGGGUCCAGAGGGAGCAUGUUGGCGCUGUCACCUCCCCCACUGGCCUUGGAAGUGGCAUGUUGAGACCAUCCAGCCCUCUUCCUGCUUCGUGGAUACCCUCCUGUAGGCUUGGAGUGGAAGCCAUGGCUUCUGGAAGAAUCCUCUCCAGCCCUCACCUCCAGAGGACAGCUGAGAUAUGUAAAGACAGGAAGAGGAAGAGGACUGUCAGGUGGCUGCUCCCCACCACAGUUUCCCAGGGCCUAAGCCAGGUCACUCUCCCUUGGUACUGUCCCGGAAGCAUGUGGUCCACCCAAGCAGCCCAGGGAACAACAGACAGGACCCUCACUCCAGGAUCACACGGGCCAUCAGGUCUCCGCCUGAACACCCAGCAGAGCCCUCUCUCCUGACCCCAGCGUGUCUUGGCCUUGACAAUGCAUCUGUACAAUGCUGACUGGGACACUGAAGGAGGCCCAGGUGUCAGGACCUGGGUGACUAAGGAGGACAGCUGCGUCUCCUCUGUGACCUGGGGCUAUGUGGGCCCGUGGCAGUGACCUGAAGUGGUUCCUAGCCCUCCAAGAUUGCAGGGUCCAUGGAAGUUCCCCAAGAAGGGGUGGGACCAGUGAGUGCCCUUGAAAGGUCUGUGAGUCAUGGGGGGGGUGCAUUUCCAUCUUGGUGUAGAGGUCUGAGGACCCCUACUGUGCUGGUGUUCCUUUUCAGGGGGCCCCACAAGGGAAACAGAAGUGUCCCCUACUUGUGUUGGUGUCCCUUGGAUUGCCCCAAGGGUCCAAGUUGGCUAAUUUUCCAGGGCAGGCACUAAAAAGGCAAGACUUGUUCAUGACAUUUUCCCAGACUCCCCUCCCCAGGAAAGCCGCAACUGUUGCCAGCCUCAAAAACCUGUGAAUCAAUGGGACAUGAUGGUACACACCUGUCAUGCCAGCAUGAGAGAAGCUGAGGCUGGGAGAAUUGCUACAAGUUCCAGGCAAGCCUGGGCUACAGAGUGUAACUCUGUCUCAAAAAACAAAUCUGUAAAUACCUUUGCGACCCCCUCCCUGCUGGCCCUUCCCGUAGCCACUGUCACCUUGACUGGGCAGUGUCUGUCUGUACUGUAAGGGUGAGAGGCAUUUCCUCCCAGGUCGACAAGGCGUCCCCUGCCAGCCUCUGUUCCCCAAAGCCAUCCUGACACCCCCGUCCACCCACACCAGGUUCAGUGCAAUAUUCUUGGGGUCCCUUGCCAUGGUACUGUCUCAGCCCCUCAGUCCUGCUCCAUGACAAGUAUCCCCUAGCCUCCAUUUCUCAGGUGGUUAAAACACAUUGCCCACCUGUACCCCACCUUUGUUUUUAUGGUCCAACUCAUUCCAAAAGAAAACUGCAAACCUCGUGUGUCUUAACUCUCCUGGGGGUCCCUUUUCCUCACCCCCGUGGUCUGGUGUGUGACAAUCCGAAGCAUGGUGUCCCGAGGCACCAAACAAGGGACCGUGUCCCUCCAGCCCAGAACUGUGGGCAUCUCAAACAGUUCAGCCAUUGCUGCCCCCAGGUCACACUUGUCCACGGCCCGGUCCCCCACACCCUCUUUUUAUGUUCAAGAGAUUAAUAAAAUCGGGUAUAAACA